GAAACAUGUACAAUCUAAUCGCUCAAAUGGCUAUAUAUAGCCAGUGUCUGCUGUUGUUCCAGGUAGAAGAAGACUUGAGAUAAUCCCAAUCCAGACAAUCUACAACGCGUUGCAAUACCCCGUACCAUCACAAGCAUAUCCUCUUCGAUCACGUACCCUACAAUACCAUACAAUCACAAUCAUCACCAUGGCUGUCAAGGUCUUUAUGACGGGCGUUACUGGCUACAUCGGAGGCACGGCCUUUGACAAAAUCUACAGAGCUCACCCCGACAAUGAGUACACGCUCCUCGUCCGCAACGAGGCCCGAGCCGAGCCUGUAAAGGCCAAGUACCCCAAAGUCAAGUUUGUCUACGGGUCUCUUGAUGACGUCGACGUCAUCGAGCAAGCUGCUGCCGAAGCAGACGUUGUCAUCCACACCGCAGAAUCAGCCGACCAUGCCCCCAGUGCCUCCGCCAUCGCCAAGGGCCUGGAAAAGGGCCACACGCCCGAGAAGCCCGGAUACUGGAUUCACCUCUCCGGCACAGGCAUCCUGACCUGGUACGACGUCGUCAACGGCAGAGAGGGCGAGCCUCCCCUGCCGGACCAGAAAUACCACGACAUCGACGACAUCGACCGCAUCCUCAACCUCGACGACCGAGCCCCCCACAGAGACGUCGACAAGAUUGUCCAGGCUGCCGUUUCCGACUCGGUCAAGCCUGCCAUCAUCUGCCCCCCGCUCAUCUUCGGCCAGGGCUCGGGUCCCGGCAACCAGCAGACGAUCCAGAUCCCGACCCUCGUCGAGAUGACCCUGCGGGAAGGCUUCGCGCCGCUCGUCGGCCAGGGCAAGACCGAAUGGGAUUACGUACACGUUGACGAUGUUGGCGAAAUGUUCCUCAAGCUGUUCGAGGCCAGCCAGGACCCCGAAAAGAAGAACAACCCCGAGAUCUUUGGCCGCCACGGCUACUUCUUCGGCCCAAAGGGCGUCCUCAACUUCAAGAAGAUUGCAGAGCGGGUUGCUGAGGAGGUCCAGAAGCAAGGUUAUGCAAAGGAAGUGACAGUCAAGCCCGUGAGUCUCGCCGAGCAGAAGCAGCUCAAGGGUUACAUCCCUGUCGCGGAUUCGCUGGGUCAAAACUCCAAGAGCGUGGGUCAAAGGUUCAAGAAGUAUCUUGGCUGGGAGCCCCAGGUGAAUGACUCGGUGGAGGACGACAUUGCCAAUGUUGUCCGUUCAAAGGCAAAGAGCCUUGGGCUGUAA